AUGAGUAAACUGUAUGGUCGAAUCCUCCGAAGUAUAGUCGAGCAAGAAUACGCAUCACACGAAAUAGAAGAGCAGGCAGGUUUCCGCACAGGACGAUCAUGUGUAGAUCAUAUUUUCAGUUUGGUUCAACUAAAUGAAAGGAAACUGGCUACAAACAGGGAGGUCCACCUUCUUUUUGUCGAUCUAACAAAAGCCUACGACAAUGUCCCUACCCAAAAGCUCUGGCAAGUCUUAGAAAUGUCCUCAAUAAAUAACACAGUCAUACAAGCCAUCAAACAGCUCUAUAAUCAGGCAACAUCUCGAAUAAAGCUAGGUAAGAGUAUGUCCGAAAGUUUUCCAAUAUCAAAAGGCUUACGACAGGGAUGCUGUCUGUCCACCACGUUGUUCAAAAUAUAUCUGAACGAAACGCUACGGAAAUGGAGAAAAUCUUGCAGUGGUAUGGGAAUACAACUUAACGAUAUAAAAACUUUGUACACUCUUCAUUUCGCAGACGAUCAGGUGGUAGUGGCCCAAGACAAGGAAGACUUAGAAUUUAUGGCAACAAGACUCUUCGCCGAAUACGAAAAGUGGGGACUGUCUGUGAAUAAAACGAAAACCAAAUAUUUAUGCAUUGGGCAGAAAGCAGAUAGUUUACACUUGGAAGACAACAUAGAAAUUGGAACAUGUAGUGAAUAUACUUACCUGGGUGCUCAAAUUGAUCACACCGGCCGAACAGAAACUGAGAUUGGGCUGAGAAUAUUGAAGGGUAGAAGGGUCAUUGGAUGUUUGAACUCAAUAUUGUGGUCCAAAAACAUUUCGCGGGAGAAAAAACAUCAAAUAUAUAAUUCCAUCUUUGAGGGUAUAGUGCUAUACGGCUGUGAGACGUGGCAAUUGACUAAGGGUGUGGAACGUCGACUUUUGGCCCUUGAGAUGGAUUUCUGGCGACGAUCUGCAGGAAAAUCCAAAAUGGACAAAGUGAGAAAUGAAACGAUCAGAAAUAUAAUGCAAGUUGAAAGAACCAUCAUAGAUGAAAUCCAGAGAAGACAGCUGAUUUGGUACGGGCAUGUGGAAAGAAUGUGCGACGAGCGCCUACCAAAGAUGAUACUGAAAUGGACACCACCAGAAAGAAGAAAGAGAGGAAGGCCCAAAAAAACGUGGUUUGAGGGAAUAGAAAAGGCUAUGUCCGAAAGAAAUCUACAUCCAGGGGACUGGCAAGAUAGAAAGGCUUGGAGAUUAGGAACCGGAAGGCGUAGGACGCUAUGA